UUUGUCAACAUAAAUACAUAAAUUAAUAACUUUAAUUACAUCAACCAUGCAAAUGGUAGGACCCAUUAAGAAUAUGUAUUUCUUAAGUUUAAUCAAUAGACAAAAAAGACAAAACGCAGAAGUUAUCAGUUGUAAUUCGUGAAAGUAUUAUAUACAUGACCUCGAUUUAUGGCUCGAUAUUUACAAGUAGUACACAAUACGCCACAGGAAAACUGAGUGCAUGCCUUUACCUACAAAUAAAGUAGAAAAGUUCGUUGUUAGUGGAAAUUAAAUUGUGUAUACCUUGCCAACCUGGCCGACGGAAGUAUUAUAGAAUACCAAGAAAAAACAGUUUCAGUUCUAAAAAUAAAAAGGGACUUUCCAUUGCUAUUUUUGGAUGAUCAAAUUUUUCUCCAGAGGAGAAUGGGAUGUGGCUAUUCGGUAUCCCGCGCUGCGUCCGAUGGAGAUUCCUGGAAUUGAUGUAAAUGGUGCCGGUUUUUGAAGCUCUCCAAAUGGACGGUCUCGUGGGCCCCGAUAUUCCCCUAGGUUCAUCCACUUCAGACAGCAACUCCUCCUCGGACCAGCAGGAAAACAGUUCCCUCUCGGCCAGGAACAUCGAAAGAGAGGCACCAGACCCAGUGAAAGCUUGUCUGAAAUCGAAGAUCCAGAAAAAGUACCUCGAAAAUGGAAAGACGCCACUACAAGUCUCGUUUGAUCCGCCACCGAAAUACGAGCUUACAGAAGAAGAAAAGAAAAAGCAAGAGCUUCGAAAACAAAGAAACAGAAGAUCUGCGAACACAAGUCGUGAAAAGCGGAAACAAAAAGAAGACAGUUUAAAAAAGGAGGUGGAUACUUUAGAAAACGACCACAAAAAACUCAAAAGAGAAGUUCAACAGCUAAAAGUGUUAAAAGAAAAAAUGGAGAAAACAUUUGACGGUCAUUUAAAACGGUGUCACUCAGUUGGUGAAAAACUACAACAGGAAUACAGUUCAGAACAAUUGGAAACCAUUCGUGGAAGCAUAGAAAAUUCUUAUGGAUUGAAUAAGGCGUACCAGUUGUCUAAAAAAUCAAAAGCGGCUAGUAGUUUGAACUCUCUAGCUACUGAUGGAGAUUAUCGAGUGGAUGCCCAACAACAGUUCUCCAGACAAACAAGUGGCGGAUUCGAAGCCAGUCUAUUCCCGCCUUGCAUCGGAGGCAAUGUAUGACGUCUGUGUCGCCAUUGAUGUAGUGAAUGCCGUUUGUCUUUCAAGUAGUUUCGGAUUCGGUUCACGGUCUGUUGAACAACACCACACCUUGUUUUAAAAUGGGGUGGUUUCGCUACUUAUGUUAUAAAGCC